CCCCAGGAGAGGAAGGCGCAGCCGCCUCGACCGCCGCAGCAGCUGUCGGGCCGGCCUGGCGUGAAACUGACACGCUCGCGGGAAACUGACCAGCCCGCUGGCCCGGGGAGGGUUUCCUCGCGUCCCUUCCUGCGCGCGAGCUGCCCUGAAAUUGACACGGGGCAAAGGCAAUUGACAAGCCGGCGUCUCUCCCGCCUCUUUGCAGGGCACCCCCCCCGUCUGCACCCUUGCAAGACGCCCCCCCCCGUUUCCCCCUUGCGCACAGCUGCCCUCCCCAGAUGUUCAGGGCUCCGCAGAGACCGGCCUCCCUCUCCAUCCUCUCGGCCCCUUAGGGCAUGUUUUGCUGCAGAAAGUGGCGCGGGGAGGGGAGUUUCUGCAAGCCGGGGGCGGGAGAUGGACUUGGUGCUGCCGGAGAGCAGAAAGGGGGAGCAGAUCUUGGCGGCUCGGCUCGACCCCCUCGCCUCCGCCGGCGAGCGCAAUGCGCAAAGGCGCAGGGGCGGAGGAGCGAGGCGCUUGGAUGGGCUUCACCGCGCUGAUCGCCCCCAUCUCUGCCUUCCCCUCCCGCCAGCCAUGACCUUCAUGAGCCGGAUCCUGCGCCCGCAGCGAGCCAUGCGGGGCUCCCUCCCCUUCCUCGCCCUGGCCACCGGCUGCCUGUCCCCCAGGAGGGCCAGCUCGGGCAGCGCACCCCGCGGCGGGCGCCUGCGGGUCUUGGUGGACAUGGACGGGGUGCUGGCGGACUUCGAAGGGGGCUUCCUGAAGAAGUUUCGGGCCACCUACCCGGACAAGCCCUACAUCUCCCUGGAGGAUCGCAGGGGCUUCUGGGUUUCCGAGCAGUACCGGCAGCUGGAGCCAGAGCUGAGUGAAAAGGCCAUCAGCAUUUGGGAGUCCAAGAACUUCUUCAUUGACCUCGAUCCGCUCCCAGGCGCAGUGGAAGCUGUGAAGCAGAUGGCAAAUUUAGAAAAGACCGAUGUAUUCAUCUGCACGAGCCCGAUCAAGAAGUACCGCUAUUGCCCUUAUGAGAAGUACGCCUGGGUGGAGAAGCACUUGGGCCCAGAAUUCCUAGAGCAGAUCGUCCUCACCCGAGACAAAACGGUGGUCUCCGGCGACCUGCUGAUCGACGACAGACCGGAUAUCGUAGGUGCUGAGAGGAACCCCAGCUGGGAGCAGGUUCUCUUCACGGCCUGCCACAACAAACACCUGGAGCUCCCCCCUCCUCGCAGGAGGCUCCACUCGUGGACCGACGACUGGAAGGCCAUCCUGGACAGCAAGCGGGCCUCCUAGAACCGGGCUCCUCACGCCAUUCCCUUCUUCAGUUGGGCCUACUGGGCUCCCUCUGAGAGAGAGGCCCCAGAACCAGACCUUGGGCCUCCCAGGCAGAAAACUGAGAUCCUUAUCUACGGAGACAGAAAAGAACUGCGGUCCCCAGACCUAGAACCGGGCAAAAUCAGUCAAAGAGCUGCAGUAGAUGGAAGCAGCAGAUAUUCUGGGCCUUCAAGGAUACGGGUGCAGUUGCCUCUCUGUCAUCUUGUGCCUGACAGUGUCGAAUUCAGUGCCGUCGUAGCCCGUCAAGUGCCGUUCCGCUUUAUGUCUGGCCUCCAUAGUGAUGGAGACCUUUGGGUUUGUCCCUGUUGGACAACUUGCUGUUUCAAGGAGGGGGCUCAUGUUUUUCAAAACAGCCACAAGGGAAGCUGGGUUCAGUCACAAAACGGGAUGCUGAAAAAGGACAAAACAAGGUUGGAGAGCCCUCGCUUAUAACCUCAUCACUAUAUGACUCUCCGAGGCUGGAGGUGGUGCUGUCUAGACACAGGGUACUUUUAAUAUUUUGAAAGACAGCAGGUAGCAGGUAACACAACAAAAUGGCCACCAUGGAAAGUGGGUUCAGUCACAAAAUGGCCGCCAUGG